AUGAAAUUUCGAAACAAUGAAUUCCGCGUUCGUAGUUUCUCCAUUCGUCAAAUAGCACUGGUUAUUCUUGUCAUAUUUGUACUUAGCUCAAUAGCUCUUUAUAAUCAUGCAUUUUCCGAACAAAAUCAAUCGCUUAGAAAAAUAGAAAAUAUUGACGAUUAUGAUGCUGCAUGCAGUGGAUAUUCGUAUGGCCGAAUUAUAAGAGAACAAAAAAGAAUUCUUGAAUCAGUUCGCCAAGAACUCGGCGAAUUUCAAGCGAAGCUCGAAGAAAUUCGAACAAUUCAAGACGAAAUUCAACGAUUGAUUCCACAAAAACAAUUGGAAUUAUCGUCAAUUGAAGGCGAGAUUGAAGCAGCACAAAGGCAAUUGCAAGAGCUUCGAGAAAAUCGAAAUGUCCGAGUUUUUUUGCCGUUAUCGCCUGUUUUCAGCCAAAAUGUUAAAACAGAAAUUGUAGCUCCAAGCACUAUUGUUUCAAUUGAAGAUACAAUUGAUUUCCGAAGAUGUUCCAUUUCUUCCUUCAUGCCAGUUUUUGUUGAUCUAAUCACAUUUGGAAAAAUGGAAAUGGAAUGGAAAAACGCAUUUGAAUCUGUAUUAUUAACCCCUGUCAAAGAUGCGAAUUCGUCGUGUAUAACGAUUAAAAUUACUAAUGGAAAGCAUACCAUUAACGAAAAUACUAUAGAAAACACGGUGAUUUUCAAUGUUGGAACCUCUAUUAAUGCCACUAACAGUCGCGUAAUUUUUGCGCAAUCUUCGAAUUUAAGACCAAAUGUGGAUUUUGCCAUUUCAACUGAUCAACCCCUAUUUAAUGUGCCAUCUAUUCUACCAUAUUCUCGUUCGAUAUUUUUCACAUUAAUAAUAGAAGAACGAGCUGUUAAUGAAGACGAUCUGCAAAAAAUUCGAGAAUCUGCCAGAAGAAGUAACGAUGUUAUAAGGAUUAUUGAAUGUACUGAUGAAUCGGACGCUUGCGAAGAAUCGAGCUCUAUUCGAGACGAAAUUUUCAAAAGCACAAUGUUUUGCUUUUUAAUGCCAAGCCGAUCGUUCACAUCGCGUUUUCUAGCAGCUCUCCGAACGGGCUGCGUUCCUUUUGUGAUUUCGUCGACUGCAAUUCUUCCAUUUCAAGAUUUUAUCGAUUGGCGACUAGCAAGCUAUCAAAUAGCGAGUGCGAGGCUUUCAGAAGCUCAUUUCAUUGCUCGCUCUUUCACUAUAAAUGAUAUUCUAGAAAUGCGACGAAAAGGAAUAUAUUAUUAUGAAAAUUAUCUCAGUACAAAGCAAAAAAUUGCAAGAACCCUGCUAUCUGCACUUCGAUACAAACUUCAAUUACCAACUCCCGAUAAUAGAAAGGAAAUAUUUCAGUUCACAGCGUCUCCGUUGUUCAACGCUUCAUUCACUGCACCGAAAGGAUUUUCUGUGAAUCAACAGCCAAAUUACGAUGAUGAUUUUCUAUUAGGCCCGUUAGAAUCGCGUGUUGAAAGUCCUUCAUAUGAGCACAAUUUUACCGAAUUUCAGUUGUAUUCAUAUGAAACAUGGAAUCUCGUAAUGAAUCCUCACAAGUCUCUCGAAUUCAACAUUCGAGCUCACGAGCCUCCAGCAGAAGCCGAAUUUUAUCCGGACUCAUCUUUUGGAUUUCGCCCGAUUGAACCAGGAAGUGGUGUCGAAUUCAGUCGAGCACUCGGUGGAAAUAGAGUGCGUGAGCAAUUCACAACAGUUAUUUUGACAUAUGAGCGAGACGAUGUAUUGGUUGGAGCAUUGCAACGACUUCAUAAUUUGCCGUAUCUCAAUAAGGUAAUUGUGAUUUGGAAUAAUAUUCAUCGUGCGCCUUCAGAUUCUUGGCCUUCAUUACAUGUUCCUGUUGAAUUUAUUCAUGUGUCUGAAAACAGUCUCAACAACAGAUUCAUUCCUUGGGAUCGAAUUGAAACAGAAGCAGUUUUCUCGAUUGACGAUGAUAUUGAUUUGAUGCAACAGGAAAUCAUUUUGGCAUUCAGAGUAUGGCGUGAAAAUCGAGACAGGAUUGUCGGCUUUCCGGCACGUUAUCAUGCGAGAUAUGGUGAUUCCAUGUUCUACAAUAGUAAUCAUACGUGCCAAUUGAGUAUUAUUCUCACUGGCGCUGCAUUUCUCCAUAAAAAUUAUCUAAGAGCUUACACUGAAGACAUGCCAAAAUCGAUCCGCGAGCAUGUUGAUAAAGUCACGAACUGUGAGGACAUAGCAAUGAAUUAUUUAGUAGCUCAUAUUACCAGGAAACCUCCCAUUAAAACUACUUCCAGAUGGACAUUAAGAUGCCCGGGAUGUACAGAAAACUUAUCACAAUCGGAUUCGCACUUUAACAAACGACACGAAUGUAUGCGACUAUUCACAAAAAUCUAUGGAUACAACCCUCUUCGAUUUUCUCAGUUUCGCGCUGAUUCGAUUUUGUUCAAAACGCGCUUACCGCAACAACACCAAAAAUGCUUUAAAUACGUGUAA